CAGGAUCGAUUGUGUGUGAUUUAUCAUUCUCUCCGGUGCAAAGGGUGGAAGGAAAGGAGGAAGCAAAGCAUCUCAUUCGCCCUCCCCAACCCCACAAACACCUUGGCUGCUUGGCACCACCUUGCUGCCGUGCCCCCGGCCUCCUUCUCCCUUCUUACCUUUAUCUCAUCUCGGCUCCAAGCAUCGAUCUCCCCUUCCCCUUCCUCGCUUUGAUCACCUCCUCAGGUUCGCAGAUAGAUUGACAGAUUGCUACAAACAUUGUCUGUUUUUUCAUGCUUGGUUAAGCGAGUGAGUGCGAGAGAGGAAGCUAGGCGCAUCUAUCUUGUGACACAAAGCUCCGCAUCUUUCCAAGCUCACCGCCACCGUCACCGCACCACUGUUUCUUCUUAGUUUGUUGCGCCACCACCCUCCUCCGCCCCUUGCAUUGCCACCUUCGUAUCCACCUUCUGUAGCCUGAAGCGUGCAAAUCCAGAAGCAGAUACAGAGCAGAGCGCAGCUAGUCUGCAAUCUGCUUUUCAAGAACUGCAGAGAGCCAGAGACUGUGCUCUCUUUCGCGGAGGCGCUUGCUUGCCGGGCCCGACUAACGGCGGAGUGGGGAUGCGGUUCAUGGCGGGGGCAUCCUCGACGCGAUCGUUGCAGCCGGCGGCGGCGGGGGCGGACACCACGGACCUGCACUUCUGGCUGCAGUGGCGGGUAGCGGUGUGUGCGCUCUGGGUGCUCUGCUGCGUCGUGGCAGCGGCUUACCUCAUCUGGCGCCACGAGGGACCCGGCGCGCAACGCCGCACGGGCGGCGCCGUUAAGGAGCUGGGGCGGAGGCCCGGCGGGGUGCUGUACGACGACGAGGCGUGGCGGCCGUGCCUCCGGGACAUCCACCCGGCGUGGCUCCUCGCGUACAGGUUCGGCUCCUUCAUCGCCCUCUUCAGCCUCCUCAUCGUCAUCGUCAUCUCCGACGGCGGCAGCAUCUUCUACUACUACACACAGUGGACCUUCAUUCUGGUGACGAUUUACUUCGGGCUUGCCACGGCGCUGUCGAUCUACGGAUGCAGUAAAUUCGUCAACUACAACGCCGUCGCGGCAUCGACAGACACUGAGCUGGGGCCUUACUCUGCCCACGGUGCCAUCACUAAACCGACCGCCGAUGAAGAAGACGACGGCACGAGAAAGAUCGCUGGAUUCUGGGGGUACUUGCUCCAGACCAUCUACCAGACCAAUGCAGGAGCUGUGAUGCUUACGGAUUGUGUCUUUUGGUUCAUCAUUUUCCCCUUCCUAACCGUCAAAGAUUACAGUGUGAAUUUUUUACUAAUAGGAAUGCACUCAGUCAACGCUGUUUUCUUGCUCGGCGAAGCGUCCCUGAAUAGAAUGCGCUUCCCGUGGUUCCGGAUCGCGUAUUUCUUCCUCUGGACCGCACUUUACGUUGUUUUCCAGUGGAUUGUCCAUGCAUCAACUCAAAUCUGGUGGCCCUACCCCUUCCUCGACCUCUCAGCUAAUCUGGCGCCUCUGUGGUACUUUGCUGUUGCGUUUAUGCAAUUGCCGUGCUACGUGAUCUUCAGGCUGUUGAUGAACCUUAAACACAGCCUUCUCUCCAAACAUUUCCCAGAAUGCAGUAGUAAGAGAGUAGCAUCAUCGGAUGAGCAACCAUGCCGUUUUACUCCCCCGGUCGUCCAUUAAGAACAGUUUAUACAGAAAGGCAAUACAAAGUGGCAAGAAUAAGCAACCAAAUAAGGGUGGCUCUUCAGGGUGCCAAAUCAAUUGGAGCGUCUUUUAGUUGGUACACACCAAAAGAGGAAACAACUUCACCAAGAUAAGAUGAAUGAUCUUGUGUAGCUGUGUUUGUGAUGUACAACUUCAAACUAAAAGAAAGACACAUCAGAAGGCCAAGGCUGCGCUUGAGUUCUAGGAUACUGAUCCAGAUGAUGAAUUGAUCACAGAUUAUAACGAUCCAGGCUUCCUCGAAACCAAGAUUGUCUGUACUCCCUCGGUAGGAUUACUCGAAGGGAAGCAUGUGUUUCUGCAGCAGAAAAUAUUGACGAACGUAUAUCAUAUAUAUCAAUUAUAACAUGAGAAUGACAGCUUUACAUUUUCAGAGACCAUAUAUCAUAUAUAUCAUGGCUUGUGAUAGAGUUUUGAGAAUUUAAA